GACAGUGAGAGAGAGAGAGACAGAGAGAAAGGUCUUCCUUUUGCCAUUGGUUCACCCUCCAAUGGCCACCACGGCCGGCGCACUGUGGCCGGCGCAUUGCGCUGAUCUGAAGCCAGGAGCCAGGUGCUUCUCCUGGUCUCCCAUGCGGGUACAGGGCCCAAGCACUUAGGCCAUCCUCCAGUGCACUCCUGGGCCAUAGCAGAGGGCUGGCCUGGAAGAGGGGCAACUGGGACAGAAUCCGGUGCCCCGACCAGGACUAGAACCCGGUGUGCCGGCGCCGCAGGCAGAGGAUAAGCCUAUUGAGCCGCGGCGCCGGCCUCAAAGAAAUCCUUUUUAAAAAAUAAAAGUACAUAAAAGAAACUAAAUGAAGGAUAAAGCAGUUACAAGUUGGGGAAUUUCUACUAAAAAUGAUAAUUGUCUUAGAAUAUAGUUUUUUAGUUUCUUGAAAACUUAAAGGAGUGUUUUAGAAUUUAUCUUUUUUAUUGCUCUUUAGAGUAAGGUGCACAAACCAUAUAUUGUCUAAUACUUCCUGUUUGAUCAGUGGUACCACUCUACAAUCAUAUUAAUGUUUCUGUAGCAAGAUAUGUGAAUAUUCACACCACAGGGAUUAAAAUGACAAUUACCCUCACAUUGGUUCAGGUUAGAUUUUGCUGUCAGAUGAAUUCAGGUCAGAUUAGAUUUUCCCACCAAAAGAGGUAUGGAAAAGCUUUGUUUUCUGAACUCUGUGGAUUUGGAUUCAUGGUUAAGGUAUAGUAGACCUGUAGAAUGGUUUGUUGCUCUUUCUGGCAAUAUUAACAGAUCUAUGCUAGAUUUUUCAAAAGCUCUUUCAGAUCAUGGUGUUAAGAUGGUAAAUUUCUAAGUACGUUUCCCACGUUUAGCUGUAAUUCCCUUUCAGUCAUGCUUCCUUAGCAGUCAUUCUCUUUUCUCAGCGCCCUGUUUGAGUUUGAAGCAGCCAGGUUUUCCUGGAGGAAGUAGAUGUAUUAUACACAAUUAAAAUAAGGUGAGAUCUAAAAAUACUGAUGGAGAGAGAUAUCUGUAAAAUAGCAUAUUACCUUGCUAUUGUAACAGAUUGCUACAAAGCGAAUAGCAUGUAUUGUGCCUCAGAGUGCUGUAGAAUUGAAGUCUGACACAGGUGUUUCUCUGCUAACAUGGAGGCUGCUUUUUUCUGGAGGCCUUGGGAGCGAAUCUCUUUCCUUAUCUUUUCCAGCUUUUAGAUGGCACCUUCUCCCAUUUUCAGAGUCAGAUGCCUAAGUGUCUGUCUUACUCUGCUGCCAUCAUCACAUCUCCAUCUCUGAGUUUUCUCCUUCCCUCUUCCACCACUUUUAAGAAUUCUUGUGGGGCUGGUGCUGUGGCGUAGUGAGUAAAGCUGUGCCUGUGAUGCCAGCAUCCCAAAUGGGCACUGGUUCGAGUCCCAGCUGCUCCACCUUCAAUCCAGCUUCUGCUGAUAACCCAGAAAAAGCAGCCGAGGAUGGCCCAGGUGCUUGGGCCCCAGACACCUGCGUGAGAGACUUGGAUGAAGCUCCUGGCCAUUACAGCCAUCUGGGAAGAAAACCAGUGAAUGGAGGAUCUCCCUCUGUCCCCCUCUCUCUGUAACUCUGACUUUCAAAUAAAUCUUUUUUAAAAAACAAAAACAACCUUGUGGUUACGUUGGGCCCCUCAAUAUACCCAGCUAAUCUCCUUAUCUUACCGUCAGCUGAUUAGUGCCAUGCAGCCUAGCAUCUUCACAAGUCUGGCCAUUAGGACCUGGACGGCUUUGGGAGACCAUUAUUUUGCCUACCAUAUAAACCUUGCGAUACCUUUUGCAAAGAGAACGAUUUGGUGAUGGAGCGCUCCCACUGACCGAUGGACUCAAAGAAAGGAAGCACAACAGAAGCAGAAGGAUCCAAAGAAAGAGGCCUGGUCCAUGUCUGGCCAGCAGGAUCCUUUUCGGUAACACCGGAGCGAUUCCCAGGCUGGGGAGGAAAGCCAGUUCUGCAGGCAGCCCUGGGCGUGAAGCAUGGAGUUCUUCUGACGGAAGAUGGUGAGGUCUACAGCUUUGGGACCCUUCCCUGGAGAAGUGAGCCGGCAGAGGUUUGUCCAAGCAGCCCCAUUCUGGAAAAUGCCCUGGUAGGGCAGCGUGUUGUGACUGUGGCAACGGGGAGUUUCCACAGUGGAGCGGUGACAGAAGGCGGCGUAGUGUACAUGUGGGGGGAGAACUCUGCCGGCCAGUGUGCCGUAGCCAACCAGCGCUGUGUGCCGGAGCCGAAUCCCGUCAGCAUUUCUGAUUCUGACAGCAGCCCUUUGCUAGCUGUCAGGAUUUUGCAGCUGGCAUGUGGCGAGGAGCACACUCUGGCCCUGUCAAUAAGCAGGGAGAUUUGGGCAUGGGGCACAGGCUGUCAGUUGGGUCUCAUCACCACCACCUUCCCGGUGACAAAGCCACAGAAGGUAGAACAUCUUGCGGGCCGAGUGGUGCUGCAGGUGGCCUGCGGUGCCUUCCACAGCUUAGCGCUUGUACAGUGCCUGCCUUCUCAGGACCUGAAGCCAGUCCCAGAAAGAUGCAACCAGUGCAGCCAGCUCCUGAUCACCAUGACUGACAAAGAAGACCACGUGAUUAUAUCCGACAGUCACUGCUGCCCACUAGGUGUGGCGCUGUCCGAGUCCCAGGCAGAGAGCCAGGCCAGCACUGCCAUCAGCCACUCCGCAGAAACCCUUGACAGUCAGAGCGAAGUAUUCGAGAACGCUCUUGCGGAACGUGAGCUGCCCGUUGUUGAACUGAAGGAGGGGAACGUUCAGACCACAGACGGCAACACCAGCUGCUCCCAGCCAUGCGUCACGGGAACAACAGAAGUGUCUCCUGCCAGAAGCACCCCGUCACACCCCGACACCCAGGCAGCUACCUCGGACCACUCAGUGAGAGGGGACUCAGAGGACAGUGAGAAGCCAGUGCCAUCUCAGCCUCUUGUAGAAGAAGCAAUUCCUAAUCUUCACAGCCCACCAACCACAAGCACCUCAGCCCUAAACAGCCUGGUGGUCUCUUGUGCGUCUGCUGUUGGUGUGAGAGUGGCUGCUACCUAUGAAGCUGGGGCCUUGUCUCUUAAGAAAGUUAUGAACUUUUAUAGCACAGCCCCUUGUGAAACUGGAGCUCAGGCAGGCAGUGGUUCCCCAGGCCCGGAAGGUCUGAAGGAUAGCAGAGAAGAGCAGGUCAAACAGGAAUCAAUGCAAGGGAAGAAAAGCUCAAGUCUUGUGGAUAUCAGAGAAGAGGAAUCAGAGGGAGGCAGUCGAAGGCUCUCCCUCCCUGGAUUGUUGUCACAAGUUUCCCCCAGGCUUUUAAGAAAGGCUGCUCGGGUGAAGACGAGAACAGUGGUUCUGACCCCCACGUACAGCGGAGAAGCAGAUGCCCUUCUGCCGUCCCUGAGGACAGAGGUGUGGACCUGGGGCAAGGGGAAGGAUGGACAGCUGGGCCACGGCGAUGUUCUGCCCAGGCUUCAGCCGCUGUGUGUGAAGUGUCUGGACGGUAAAGAGGUGAUCCACCUGGAGGCCGGCGCUUCCCAUUCCCUAGCACUCACUGCGAAAUCCCAGGUUUACUCAUGGGGUAGCAAUACCUUUGGUCAGCUUGGGCAUUCUGAUUUUCCAACAACAGUUCCUCGUCUUGCAAAGGUGAGCACUGACAAUGGAGUCUGGAGUGUAGCUGCAGGCCAGGAUUACUCCCUGUUUUUGGUGGAUACAGAAGACUUCCAGCCUGGGUUAUGUUACAGUGGCCGGCAGGAACCUACAGAAGGUGACAACCUUCCAGAGAAUCCCAGUGGUACUAAGACUCCAGUACUUCUCUCCUGUAGUAAGCUUGGAUAUAUAAGCAGAGUGACAGCAGGAAAAGAUAGCUAUGUGGCGUUGGUGGAUAAAAACAUUAUGGGUUAUAUCGCCAGUCUCCACGAGUUGGCUACUACAGAAAGACGGUUCUAUUCAAGACUAAGUGACAUCAAAUCUCAGAUUCUCAGGCCUCUUCUCAGCUUAGAAAACCUGGGCGCGGCUACCACGGUGCAGCUGUUGCAGGAAGUGGCAAGCCGAUUCAGCAAGCUGUGUUACCUGAUCGGCCAGCACGGAGCCUCGCUGAGCAGCUUCCUGCAGGGGCUGAAGGAAGCCAGGAAUCUGGUGAUUCUCAAGCACGCCAGUCUCUUCCUGGAUAGUUACACAGAGUAUUGCACAUCUAUUACAAAUUUCCUGGUUAUGGGCGGAUUCCCACUUCUUGCUAAGCCUGCCAUUGAUUUCCUAAAUAAAAACCAAGAACUGUUACAAGAUUUAUCCGAAGUGAAUGAUGAAAACACUCAGUUGAUGGAAAUACUGAAUACUCUGUUUUUCUUGCCAAUCAGACGACUUCAUAAUUAUGCCAAAGUUUUGCUAAAGCUUGCUACUUGUUUUGAAGUGACGUCUCCCGAAUAUCAGAAACUGCAGGAUUCCAGUGCUUGUUACGAGUCUCUUGCUCUCCAUCUCGGCAGGAAAAGGAAGGAAGCGGAGUACACACUGGGCUUCUGGAAGACCUUUCCCGGCAAAAUGACGGAUUCCUUGAGGAAGCCAGAACGGCGUCUGCUGUGUGAGAGCAGUAACCGAGCCCUGUCUUUGCAGCAUGCGGGAAGGUUCUCUGUGAACUGGUUCAUCCUCUUUAAUGAUGCCCUGGUCCACGCCCAGUUCUCCACGCACCAUGUUUUCCCUUUGGCCACACUGUGGGUGGAGCCGCUGUCUGAAGAAGCUGGUGGUGUGAAUGGCAUAAAGAUAACCACACCUGAGGAGCAGUUCACUCUGAUUUCAUCGACACCCCAGGAAAAGACGAAGUGGCUGCGGGCCAUCAGCCAGGCCGUGGACCAGGCUCUGAGGGGGACAUCUGAUCUGCCACCUUACGGGAGUGGCAGUGGCGUUCAGUGGCAGGAGCCGCCCAUUUCACGCAGUGCCAAGUACACGUUCUACAAAGACCCUCGCCUGAAAGAUGCCACCUAUAAUGGGCGCUGGCUUUCAGGGAAGCCUCACGGCAGAGGCGUUCUGAAGUGGCCCGACGGAAGGAUGUAUUCUGGCAUGUUCAGGAACGGCUUGGAAGAUGGGUAUGGGGAAUAUAGAAUCCCACACAAGGCUCUGAACAAAGAAGACCAUUAUGUGGGCCACUGGAAAGAAGGAAAAAUGUGUGGUCAAGGAGUCUACAGUUAUGCCUCUGGUGAAGUGUUUGAAGGCUGUUUUCAAGAUAACGUGCGUCAUGGGCACGGUCUCCUUCGAAGUGGGAAAUUGACUUCCUCCUCUCCUAGUAUGUUCAUUGGCCAGUGGGUGAUGGAUAAGAAAGCAGGAUAUGGUGUCUUUGACGAUAUCACUAGGGGGGAAAAGUAUAUGGGAAUGUGGCAAGAUGAUGCCUGUCAAGGGAAUGGCGUGGUCGUCACCCAGUUUGGACUAUACUAUGAAGGCAACUUCCACCUUAAUAAAAUGUCGGGAAAUGGGGUUUUACUUUCCGAAGAUGAUACUAUCUAUGAAGGAGAAUUUUCAGACGAUUGGACUCUUAGUGGAAAGGGAACACUGACGAUGCCAAAUGGAGAUUACAUUGAAGGUUAUUUUAAUGGAGAAUGGGGAUCUGGGAUUAAAAUCACCGGAACCUACUUCAAACCCAGCCUGUAUGAGAGUGAUAAAGACAGACCCCCAGUUUUCAGGAAGCUGGGAACACUGGCAGUGCAGGCUGAUGAGAAGUGGAAAGCAGUGUUUGAUGAAUGUUGGCACCAGCUGGGCUGUGAGAGUCCUGGUCAAGGGGAAGUUUGGAAAGCGUGGGACAAUAUUGCUGUGGCCUUGACCACCAGUCGGCGUCAGCACAGGGACAGCCCGGAAAUACUAAGUCGUUCACAGACUCAGACACUAGAGAGUUUGGAAUUCAUUCCACAGCAUGUUGGUGCCUUCUCUGUGGAGAAAUAUGACGACAUCAAGAAAUACUUAAUAAAGGCCUGCGACACUCCCCUGCACCCCCUGGGCAGGCUCGUGGAGACCCUGGUGGCAGUGUACAGAAUGACCUAUGUGGGCGUGGGAGCCAACCGCCGGCUACUACAAGAGGCCGUGAAGGAGAUUAAGUCCUACCUGAAGCGAAUUUUCCAGCUGGUGAGGUUCCUAUUCCCUGAGCUUCCUGAAGAGGGCAGCACAAUUCCUCUCUCCGCUCCCCUGCCUACCGAAAGGAAAUCCUUUUGCACUGGGCAAUCAGAUUCCAGAUCUGAGUCACCGGAACCAGGGUACGUGGUCACGAGUUCUGGGUUAGUGCUGCCCGUGCUGCUGCCUCGGCUCUACCCGCCGCUCUUCAUGCUCUACGCUCUGGACAACGACCGCGAGGAAGACGUGUACUGGGAGUGUGUCCUGCGACUGAAUAAGCAGCCCGACCUGGCGCUGCUGGGCUUCCUCGGGGUGCAGAGGAAAUUUUGGCCAGUGACCUUGUCGAUCCUUGGAGAGAGUAAAAAGGUUUUACCAACCACAAAAGAUGCUUGUUUUGCGUCAGCAGUGGAAUGUCUGCAGCAGAUCAGCACGACAUUCACCCCAUCAGACAAACUGAAGGUCAUACAGCAGACCUUCGAAGAGAUCUCGCAGAGCGUCCUGGCCUCGCUCCAGGAGGACUUCCUGUGGUCCAUGGACGACUUGUUCCCUGUUUUCCUGUACGUGGUGCUGCGGGCCAGGAUCAGGAACCUGGGCUCUGAGGUGCACCUCAUCGAGGACCUCAUGGACCCGUACCUUCAGCACGGGGAGCAGGGCAUCAUGUUCACCACCCUGAAGGCCUGUUACUACCAGAUCCAGCGUGAGAAGCUUAACUAGGCUGCAUGACAGCUUGAACACGGGAUUAUCUGCUCUGACAGUGCGAUCGCACCAGCUGGAGCCUCCUUCGCGGCAGAGAGCAGGUGGAAGUUGGAAAGGACGUUGUGCUAUUUCAGUUGUCGUUUCUGAGCCUUACCAGUAAUCACAGCCCUGAGGCCGGCUGGGGGCGGGGGGUGCGGGGGGGAGACUGAGUAGUUUAAAGGGAGGAUGGAAAAGGUGGUAGACAGCCGUGAAACCAGCCCUUGGCCCGUGUUAAGUUCCCGACCUACCACACAUCCCGUAUUUGGAAAAAGAGGCAGUAAGGGCACAUCAGUGCCACGGAGCUGGAAGAGAAGUUCCCGGCGUGGCUUCUUACAUUAAAGGAGUUGAUGAGUAUUUUUGAGUUUCUGGUUUGCCUGAACCCAUCUGCAGUUACCCCAGGUCCCUUUGCAAGGGCCAGACUGUACUGGACAGCAUAGCAGCCACGCUAUGCCUUCCUGAAUCCUGCCCUAUCCCGUGUGCAGCACGCUUCGCUGAGGGAGGGGAGAGAUGAACUUUCAAACUGCAGAUUUAACGUUUGUGAAGCUUUUCUACCAGGGUAGUCAUGAUGGGAGUGGUUCCGAGCAGUGGCUACAACGGCCUGACCCCCCCAUACGUAGACUGCAUCCAAGAACAUAGGAAGUGUGGCUUUUCCUUCCUCCCUGUGCUGCACGGAGUGAAUACACUGGAAUCCCAACGCUGCCAGGGUGCUGCACACGUGUCCACGCACGAAGGCCGUGUCCCGAGGCCCGCUCACGCUUGCAGGCUGUGUUGUGGAGCAGGGCUGAAGAUUGGGAAAGACGGAAGCAAAGACUCGCACGGUCGCAGCCUCGUGCCGUGGGUCUCCCCACAUUACCUCGCACUGAACUCACGGACGGGAAGUCAAAGCAAGGAAGCAAGCUUUGAGCGCCUCCCAUCUCACAGGUGUUGUGGCUCCUCGACAUUUUAGGGUUUUGCUUUUUUUUUAAACAUGCCGUAUUUGUAUUGUCCUGUCAGUUUACACUGUCACACUGGGAGUCACACUGGGAGCUGUUUCAGGUCACAGGUGCUCCCCUCGUCUCAUCUCCACUCCACGGUGAGCGUUCGCGCGAAGUGACUCAGCAGACGUUCAUGACAUUGGAAAAGGAUCAUGGGUUCCGCUCUACUUUAUAAUCAAGAUAAAUGUUCGUUAAACACUGUUUCGGAGUGGUGGCUGUAAUGGAACAGCAGUUUUCGUAAUAAAAGAUGUUGAUCUUUCUGA